GCAGUCUUUCUGAGCUGAAUUCCAAGGAUUUAUGUGAACAUAAGGAGCAGAAAUUUGCUUCUCACUUUAGUGAAAGGGUUGCUUUAGAGAUGAACGGGGAUUGUCUACAGACACUGGCUAGUCUUUCUAGAGGGAAUUCUAUUUACACCUUCUGAAUGUUUCAGGAAGGAAAAAAAAUGUGGGAGGGAUAGAAAGACACAGUAAGGUAAAGACAGCUACUUGGAGGUGUUGACAGCACUCCCUCAAAGCUGUUCUCAGCAGCAGUAUUGGGAUCCACUAUAGACCUGGUGUAGAUGACUUCUGAUUCUCCAGCAUGAUCAGCUUAGAUCCUAAUCAGUAGUCAUGCAGUUUGAUUUGAAUGUUAAUGCAUGCUUUUGAAAUAUUUGAUUGAGGAUCUCAAAGGACACUAAAGAAGAAAAAGAAAUAUCUUUUUUUUGGAUUUCAUCAAUUUGACUUAUUCUUGCUCUGUGGACCUGUCAGCAUGACCUCUGGAGUACAGUACACUGUUCUUCUGUUCCUUUGUCUUAUAGCCUUCCAGGAGUCUAAGGCUGCUCAGGUAUGAACUGUCUAAACAAACAGCAGCUACUGGCAGCCAUCCGACAGAUGCAACAAUUCUUAAAAGGGCAAGAGACGCGGUUUGCCGAUGGAAUUCGAGUCAUGAAAAGUAGGCUGAAUACUUUGCAGAAUGCAGUCAACAAAGCAAACCCAGACCCACAACCAGUUGCUUGUCCGGCCUUGGAAACCCCUGUCAACGGAAAGAAGUUUGGCUCCAAAUACUUGGUGGAUCAUGAAGUGCAUUACACAUGUGACCCCGGAUACCAGCUCAUCGGGUCCAGCAGCAGACUGUGCCAGAAAAACGGAAGUUGGACUGGGGAUAUACCUCACUGCAAAGAUAUCAGCCAAUGUGGCAGUCACCCCUGUUUAAACGGCGGUACCUGUGUGGAGGGAAACAACCACCAAUACAAAUGUAAUUGCCCUCAAGAAUAUACUGGGUCCAACUGCCAACAUCAAACACAAACAGCUCCACCUGAAUGGAGUGUACCCAGCGAUGCAGCUUUUAACCGUAAGCCACGCUGUGCCAGGGUAGACCGCGCUCAGCACUGUAGUUGCGAUGCUGGCUUCCAAAUGAAUGGCACCCCUGACAACAGCAUUUGCCAAGAUGUUAAUGAGUGUGAGGUUUAUAAGGUGGAAGGAGCCCCACGUCUCUGUAUGCACAACUGUGUCAAUAUUCCUGGUUCAUAUCGCUGUUCAUGUCCAGCUGGGUAUAAGAUGCUUGGAGAUGGAAAAAGCUGCGAAGAUAUUGAUGAAUGUAAUUCUGGAAAUCACAACUGCACCAGAGGAUCCAUAUGCAUUAAUACCGCAGGGGGGUUUCAGUGUGUCUCUCCAGAGUGUCCAAAGCCCAACGGAAAUAUCAGUUAUGUGAAAACAUCACCAAUCCAAUGUGAGCGCAAUCCAUGCCCAAUGGAAAGUAGGUCAUGUCAUCAUGCACCAAAGACCAUUUCAUUCCACUACCUCUCUUUGCCUUCAAGCCUUCCCACCCCAGUCACCCUCUUCCGCAUGGCAACCGCGUCAGCUCCUGGACGACCAGGACCAGACAGCUUGCGUUUUGGAAUAGUGGGUGGAAACAGCAGAGGGAACUUUGUAAUGCAAAGAUCAGAUAGGCAGACUGGAGAACUUAUUCUAGUUCAGAGUCCACAAGGCCCUCAAACCAUUGAGGUGGAUGUAGACAUGUCGGAAUACUUGGACCGCACAUUCCAGGCCAAGCAUCUUUCAAAAAUCACAGUGUUUGUGUCUCCUUAUAGCUUUUAAAGCAAAUGGAAUGAGAGACUGUAGAGUUACUGAGUUUGUCAAUGGGAAUGGAGCACAUUAUGUUCUAUAAUGGAAUGUGUGCCUCGCCCUACAAAUAACAUAGCUUUUACUGCA